AUGCGCUCCUUCCUCAAACAACACACAGCAUAUGAUGUCUUACCAGUGAGUUACCGACUGAUUGUAUUUGACACUCGACUUUUGGUGAAAAAGGCGCUCAAUGCAUUGGUUCAAAAUGGUAUUGUAUCUGCUCCGUUAUGGUCAAGUGAAAAGCAACAAUUUGCCGGUAUGUUAACCGUAGCUGAUUUUAUCAAUCUGAUUCAAUAUUACUAUACCCAUGCUUCUGUUGACGAGGCAUUCCGAGAAAUUGAAAGUUUUGAAUUGGCCCAUUUACGAAAUGUUGAAAAACAUAUUGUGGGAGCUGCAGCCGUAGCUCCUCAGCUCACCAGUAUGGAUCCUAUGGCUACGCUUUACGAUGCUUGCCGUAUGUUAGCAGAAAGUCGAGUUCAUCGAGUCCCAUUGUUGGAUAGAGAACCGGAAACCGGAACAGAAAUGAUUGUCAGUGUGAUUACACAGUAUCGUAUACUGAAGUUUAUUGCUUCUAAUUUUAAAUAUUCGAAAGUUUUACGUCAAUCUUUAUCAGAAUUGAAGAUUGGAACUUAUAAAAAUAUAGCCACUGCUUCGAUGUCAACGCCAGUGAUUCAAGUGAUUAAUAUGUUUGUUGAGCAAAAUAUAAGCGCUGUACCGAUUGUUGAUUCCAAUAACGUUGUGUUAAAUGUAUAUGAAACAAUAGAUGUGAUGAGCAUCGCUAGGUCAGGGAGGUAUAAAGAAUUAGAUAUUCCAGUGGGUGAGGCAAUGGAAGCAAGACCUAAAAACUACCCUGGUGUACACACAUGUACUUUGAAUGACACAUUGGACUCUAUUUUCAAAACCAUUAGAAAAAAGAGAGUUUACCGCUUAAUUGUUGUGGAUCAAGACAACAAGUUGAUAGGCAUUGUUAGUUUGUCAAAUAUAUUAGGUUUUCUUGUUGGAUACAGGCGACCAAAAAAUUAA